GCCAUCGACGGGAACUUGGAGAGCUCCGACGGAGUCUGGCGAGUUGUCGCUUUCGCAAUGAUUUUCUUGUCGACGGCAGCUUGAACAGCCUCAUCUUGCGACAGGAAGCGGGACUGGCCAAUGUUUCUCCGAUACUCUCUUUCUAGAACUCGUGGAUAGAACAAAGUCGUGGCUCAGUUAGAAUACCUUGAACCUCAGUUAGACAACAGCUCCGACAAACCCUCAAACCGUACCUUCGAACCACCAUCAUGGACUACGUCGACAAGCGACUCCAGGAGGAAGCAGUGAAGCUGCAUGUGGACCAAGGCAACGCCUUCUUCACCCCCCUCAACAUCCUCUUCCUCCUCGUGAAUCUCUACACAAUCUACGUUCUCCUCCGCCCGACCACGCCUCCGGUCCUUCCGAAAGAGCCGCCCGCGACUGUCUUCCGCGUCUUCAACCCGCGAACCCUCCUCCCCUACACCGGGGAGAACGAUACACCCAUCUACCUCGCCGUUCGCGGCCGCGUCUUUGAUGUCUCACACGGUCGCAACUUCUACGGCCCCGGCGGUCCCUAUUCCAACUUCGCCGGCCGGGAUGCUUCGCGCGGCCUGGCACUCGGCAGCUUCGACGAGGAUAUGUUGACGGAGGACCUGGACGGCCCGUUGGAUCCGCUUGAAGGGCUGGGACCGGACGAGAUUGAGGCGCUUCAGGGAUGGGAAGAGAACUUCGACAGCAAGUAUCUUGUUGUCGGCAGGCUUACUGCCGUCGGUGAUGAGGAGAAAUAGACUCCAUACUGGUAAAGUUGGUAGAACUGAUAACGUUGUGUUUCCCAGCAGGGCUUCAAUAAACUUAAACAUUGAAAGAGAGCUGUCCCCGACGAGGUUUCGCAAAAUUCUGAUAAUCCCGGUGUCACUCGACUCGAGAUUGACAACCAGGAGGUAUCCAAGCCACUUCCCUUUGUUCCACACACUGUACAGUGUUCGGGAACAGGUCCAGUACCUCUUCAAUUCUCGAAGGCCGCACAGGAACCUGGACGCGUUCGAUAUGGCAUUGUGACAUCGCGGACUUGAUGACCAGUCAAGCGCCCACGGCUCUUCCCAGUGCCUCGAACGAA